AUGUAUCUUCAAACUUCUAAAUAUCAGGUACUCUCAAUGAUUGGAUAAGGUUCAGCACAUUAAGUGUUUAAGGCAGAGCAUAAUCUAACCCAAUAGUUAUUUGCAAUUAAAAUCGAAAAACGCCCUAAGUCAGGUCAAAUACAAGAUGAAAUUAAAGUCCUUAAAGAAUUACAAGAAAUAGAAGGAGUCCCAAAAAUAAUAAAUCAUGGAAUGACCCCAGACAAUAAGUAAGAACAAUAUAAUAAAAUUUAGAUGCUUUCUUAUUAUGCCACUCCUAAAUUGUAGUUUACGAGAUUUAGUAAAAUCUUAACCAUUAUCUUUAUCCAACAUAUUGGCAAUAGGAUUAAGUAUAAUUGAGACUUUAGAAAAAGUUCAUAAAAAAAACAUAAUACAUUUAGAUAUUAAACCAGAAAAUAUAAUGAUCUCAUAAGGAAUGCAAAAGCAUUCUAAAGAUCAAAUACUAAAGCCUGGGUACAUUUAACUCAUUGACUUUGGCUUAUCUCAAUCUGUAAGAAAUUCAAAAUUCUUAAAAAAUGUAUUCUUUGGAUCGUUAAAUUUUGCCAGCAGAGCAUCCCAUAAAGGUCAAUAAUUAGGUUAUAAGGAUGAUUUAGAAAGUUUAUUCUUUGUAUUAGUCUAUUUGAGAAAUUGUAUUCAUUAAAAUUUACUCUAGUUAAUUUGCCAUGGUCUUUUAGACCUUCUAUGGGAUUUAAGAAUAUGGAUAUAAAAUUUAUUGGAGAGAUGAAAACUUCUCUUUUUAACUCUAUGGAAUUAUCUAUCAAAUUCCCUUUAGAAUUUUCGAAAUUUGUUUCUUAUAUUGAUGUUCUCAAACAUUAUGAAAUGCCUGAUUACUCUUACAUAAAGGAUUUAUUUAUUAAAAUGCUACUAUCUUCUAUGAAGGAUUAAUCUUCUACCAUAUAAUCUAUUAAUUACCUGGGAAAUUCGAAAAACCUACAAAUCCCAGUUGAAAAUUAGCUUCUAUAUGAUGAUUCAAUAGAAACUUAAAUUUAAGAAGAUAUACUAGAUACUGAAGCUAAAAUAAUUAGCCUAUCUGAGAUGGUUAGAUAAUACAACACUGUUUAAAUUAAAUCAAUUGUAAAUAUUGAAUAUUGA